UUUAUAAACAUGUGUGAGCAGGGACACUCGCAAGCUGCCUGCCAGGAGAAGAAGGUGCGAAGAGGAGCUCAGAGGGCCGUGUUGUAAAUAAAGUUCCACCUUAAUUCAGUAACCGCACUCCUUGAACUUCACAAGAUGUCUAAAGGACCAGCAGUGGGCAUUGAUCUCGGUACCACAUAUUCAUGUGUGGGGAUCUUCCAGCAUGGCAAAGUGGAGAUCAUUGCUAAUGACCAAGGAAACAGGACCACACCAAGUUAUGUGGCCUUCACCGACACAGAGAGGCUUAUUGGAGAUGCUGCGAAGAACCAAGUGGCCAUGAAUCCAACCAACACAGUAUUUGAUGCUAAGCGCCUAAUUGGUCGCAAGUUUGACGAUCCUGUGGUGCAAUCUGACAUGAAACACUGGCCCUUCAAGGUUAUAAAUGACUCCUCAAAACCUAAGGUAGAGGUUGAAUACAAGGGGGAGAUCAAGACCUUCUAUCCUGAGGAGAUUUCUUCCAUGGUUUUAACCAAAAUGAAGGAGAUUUCUGAAGCUUAUCUUGGCAAGCCUGUGACCAAUGCUGUCAUCACAGUCCCAGCUUACUUCAGUGACUCUCAGCGUCAAGCCACCAAGGAUGCAGGAACCAUCUCUGGUCUCAAUGUGCUUCGAAUCAUCAAUGAACCCACAGCUGCUGCCAUUGCAUAUGGAUUGGACAAAAAGGUUGGGGGUGAGCGUAAUGUCCUCAUCUUUGACCUUGGAGGUGGAACUUUUGAUGUCUCAAUCCUGACUAUUGAGGAUGGCAUCUUUGAGGUCAAGGCCACAGCGGGGGACACACAUUUGGGAGGGGAGGACUUUGACAACCGCAUGGUUAACCACUUUAUUGCAGAGUUCAAACGCAAAUUCAAAAAGGACAUCAUCAACAACAAGCGAGCUGUACGUCGUCUGCGUACAGCGUGUGAGCGAGCCAAGCGCACCCUCUCCAGCAGCACCCAGGCCAGCAUUGAGAUUGACUCACUGUAUGAGGGAACAGAUUUCUACACCUCAAUCACCAGGGCUCGUUUUGAAGAGCUCAAUGCAGACCUGUUCCGAGGAACCCUUGAGCCUGUGGAAAAGGCCCUGAGGGAUGCCAAGAUGGAUAAAGGCCAGAUCCAUGAUAUUGUUCUAGUGGGUGGUUCCACACGUAUUCCAAAGAUCCAAAAGCUUCUGCAAGACUUGUUUAAUGGUCGUGACUUAAACAAGAGCAUCAAUCCUGAUGAGGCCGUUGCUUACGGGGCAGCUGUACAGGCUGCCAUCCUGGCUGGUGAUAAGUCUGAGAAUGUACAGGACCUGCUGCUGCUGGACGUCACACCCCUCUCCCUGGGAAUUGAAACAGCUGGAGGAGUGAUGACUGUCCUUAUCAAAAGGAACACUACUAUCCCAACCAAACAAACCCAGACUUUUACCACCUACUCAGACAACCAACCCGGUGUUCUUAUUCAGGUUUAUGAAGGAGAAAGAGCCAUGACCAAAGAUAAUAAUAUCUUAGGAAAAUUUGAAUUGACCGGCAUUCCACCUGCCCCAAGAGGAGUUCCCCAGAUCGAGGUGACCUUUGACAUCGAUGCUAAUGGCAUUCUUAAUGUGUCUGCGGUCGACAAAAGCACUGGGAAGGAGAAUAAAAUCACCAUCACCAAUGACAAAGGUCGACUGAGCAAAGAGGACAUUGAGCGCAUGGUGCAGGAAGCAGAGCAGUUCAGAUCUGAAGAUGAAGCCCAGAGAGACAAAAUUACAGCAAAAAAUUCUCUUGAGUCUCUGGCCUUCAACAUGAAGAGCACAGUGGAGGACGAGAAGCUCCAAGACAAGAUCAGCCCAGAGGAUAAAAAGGCUAUCAUAGACAAGUGCAAUGAAGUGAUUGCCUGGCUGGACAGAAACCAGACGGCUGAGAAGGAGGAGUACGAUCACCAGCAGAAAGAGCUGGAGAAGGUCUGCAACCCCAUCAUCUCGAAGCUUUACCAGGGGGGGAUGCCAGGAGGAAUGCCAGGGGGGAUGCCUGGUGGCUUCCCUGGGGGAGCUGGAGCUGGUUCCUCCUCUGGUCCAACAAUUGAGGAGGUUGACUAAAUAUAAGCAAUGUAAAGACUCAAAAGAUUACUCAUCCCAGCUUGACCACAUGCAUCUGCCAUUUAACAAUGUCUUUUGGGUAAAUCGACCACACAUAAAAACUGAUUUAAUUUUUGUCUAGUGGAUUUCCAAGGCUAGUGUUAAAAAAAUGUAAAAACAUAUCACUGUACAAUAACGAUAGUAACUCACAAAAAGACUUUAAACUUGCUUACUUUCUAACACAGGCUGAAAAACUGUUAUGUUGUUUUUUGAUAGACAAACACAAAGUAGCACAUACCAAUAAGUUGAAGUAAAAGUCUACCAUUUUCUUCCCCGAAUCAGAAUCCUUCAUUAAGAAUUUGCUGAACCAGGUUCAUUACAAGCCAAUGUUAAAAGCCUUUUGCAAGUAAUGUCAAAAGGUUUUGUGAUUGUUCUGACGAUUCAGCUUUUGUCCAUUCUGUUUUAUUUUAUAUGAACCAUUGUGUUAUGUUCGGUGUCAUCACUCUUCUGAAAGGUGACCCAGUUUUAAUCCCUUUGCAUAUUAUAACAGGUAUUGUUCCAGUAUUACCUCAAUUAGUACCAUCCUGACUCAUUUUUCACCACCUAUCUUUCCCCAAUGAAGCAUGAGGCUGACAUAUUUUUUCACCAAGGUCAUGGUGUGAUUAAGUGUCAGUUUGCACCACGUGUUACCGCGUGUUAGCAAGGAAGUUCCAUGUUCAUCUCAUCUUGCCUGAGUUUCUUAUUCCCAGACUUGUAGCAGAAUACAGAGCAAGAAUUGAAGAAUAUUUUAUCUUAAAAUACCAUCAGAUGGAUAAACGAUUACUCUAUGACAUUUGUGAAGCCAGUAAUAGUGUUUCUGUGAUGGCUUCAUCUUUUUCUAAAAGCCUCCACAAUUUUAUCCCUGACCCACAGACUUGCUUCAGUGUCAUGAUGCUGCUUGUUAACUGCAUUUUCAAACAAACCCAUAAGUGAGGUACAUAGAAUGGUUCUAUCUAUAUUAAGAUUUAAUUAAAGACAUAAAGUCCCUGCUUAAUAAUAAAUCAUCACUUAAAAGCAAUCUUUAGAAAUGGAUUUUUUUAGGAGGUGGAAAGAUAAAGGGGUUAAAUUCAUAAGCAAGUAACAGGUUGGGUUUCUCAGUUUUUAAAUCUAAAUGUUUGAAAAUAUUUACUUGUUUUCCAGUUAGUGGGAAUGUAGUACUUUGUGUCACUAUGCAAUAAAAAAAAUUACAAUAAAAUUUAGAAUCUAAAACUUAAAAGGUUUUCUUCAGUCUUGGAUAUGUAAUUGUAUACUUACUGUACAAUGAAUAAAGUUCACCUUUGACAA